AUGGGAUCUGGUGGUUCUAAAGCCAAACAGGUUCUGAAAGAGGGUUAUAAUGAUGAAAUGGAAGUCGAUUAUUGGGGUGAGUGGUUAGAAAAGCGAUUAGCACGGCGGCUUCUCAAGAUCUCAGUACUGGAGGGCAUAUUUCUUGUUGUCAUAUAUGGAGAUGGAUACAUGAGAAAGUUUGACAAACAUUUUUCAAUGGGGUCUAGUGGUUCUAAGGCCAAACAGGUUCUGAAAGAGGGUUAUAAUGAUGAAAUGGAAGCCGAUUAUUGUGGUGAGUUAGUUAGAAAAGUGAUUAGCACGGCGGUUUCUCAUGAUCUCAGUACUGGAAGGCAUCUGUAUAUCAAGUGUCUGUCUAAACAUGGAUUUGAUGACUAUUAUUUCCUCAUACAGCUGCUGCUAGAAACAUAA